AUGGAAGAAGACAAACCAUGUCCCGCGAAUGCGACAUCUCCGCUCUCCCCGCGGAAUGACACAAACCACUUGACAGCAAGGUCAUCGGCCUCGCCCUCAUCGGAUAUAUCUGGCUCGGGUUUGACGGCUACAGUACAUGCUCUCAUCCACCUCGUUCAAUGCUCUUGUUGCUCGCGGCCUCUCCGCGCGCCGCUGCGGCUUCCAUGUGGGAACACGUUAUGUCGGUCUUGCUUGCCGCCAAUUCAUGCGCGGACGGGGAUUACAUAUCCGGCGAGCGACGAACGCAAAAAGGGGUUCACAUGCCAUUGGGGUACGGAUAACGGUUGUGCUGGGGAACACUGCUUAGGUGACUGUGGGGCCGACGUGCUGUUGGGUAGGUUGGUGGAUGUUUUUGAUGCGGUACUUUGCAACGCCAAUGCUAGCUCGGAAUCGUCUUCGCAGAAUGGACGUGGCUUCAGAGUGACAUGGACAGGAUUGAAAGGUGGUCAGCCCGGAACGGUGGCGAAAAGUGCAGAUGCUGCGGGAGGAUUACUAGAGGGUAUGUACGGCCUAGUCAAGUGCGGUCGUUUCGAUUAUGAUGCGUCGGAUCUCAAAAUUGAGAUGUACGAGCCUAUAAACCAAGAAAACCAGCGUUUGGAAAGACUUAAGGACGCUGUUCGGGAUGAGCUGGACUGCCAGGUCUGCUAUUUGCUUAUACUAGAUCCGUUGACAACAUCCUGUGGCCAUACCUUCUGUCGCGGAUGUGUUGCAAUGGCACUGGACCACUCUGAUCUAUGCCCUGCCUGUCGCCGUAAACUGAAUAUGGCGUCGACUGUGAAGUCUGAGCCUUUAAACAAAAGAAUCUCUGACAUCAUGGAGACCUUGUUCCCUGAACAAGUCGCUUUACGAAGAGACACAAGUGCCCAGGAAGUGACUGCACUCGAUGACGAAGCAACACUUCCCUUGUUUGUCAGCUCACUUUCUCUCCCAACUAUGCCAACUUUUCUGCAUGUCUUCGAGGCACGUUAUCGGCUUAUGAUGCAAAGAGUCAUGCAAAGUAGGGAGCGUAGAUUCGGCAUGGUCAUGUUUAACCGUGCCGGUCGUUUCCAGCAAGGACUUGGAAGGUCUCAAUUCAUGCAGUAUGGUACCGCUUUGGUCAUCGAUCGUUAUGAGCUGCUCCCCGAUGGGAGGAGCCUAGUGGUUGCUACUGGGCUGUACCGUUUUAAGGUGCUCAGUUCAUAUGUGCUGGACAUGUACUAUGUUGGCAGGAUACAGCGCGUGGAUGAUAUUUCGGUAAUAGAAGAGGAAAAUCAGGAGGCCUUGGAGACAUCAGUCGCGGAUGGUUCGGGUGAGCAGCCACUCGAAUCUAUGUCAACACAGCAGCUGUUCCAGUUGGGCUUGGACUUUGUAAGGAAGCAACACAGCCAAGCCGCUCCUUGGCUCCAUCCUCGUGUGCUUUUAGCGUAUGGUGAUAUUCCAACGGAAGCUUCACAUUUUCCCUGGUGGUUUGCCAGCGUGUUACCUGUCUGGGAAGAGGAAAGGUAUACGCUUCUAUCGACAACAAGUGUCAGAGAAAGAUUGAAGAUCACUGCACGCUGGGUAAGAAAGCUGGAAUCUCGUGAAUGGGUUUCGACAUAUCUCACCCCGUUUUCCAUGUCGUUCUCUGUUACCUUCGGCUCUGCCGGCUUGUCAACUGAUAAUUCGCGACAGCUGGCAGAAAAUCAGGAUUCCGAGACUUAUAUUCCGCAGACCCUUGUAAUAGGCAUUUUUCUUGCUAUGUUCGUAGCACAGGUGGCUGCUAAUGGAGUUCAAAUCCUGCGGUCGAGGCGACAAGGAAUAAUAGAAGAGCGACGAAAUCAUUCGUCCCAGGAAAACAAAAGCUCUACGAAUUCAGAUUUGGUGACCAUCGCAAACUCAGAGUACCAAGAUCUGCUAAAGAAGUCGCUUUUGAAUGGCGGAUUGUCUCAGGAAACUCUCGAUAUAUUAAUAUACGGUUCACCACCUCUAUCUGAUAAUCAGAAUAGCAGCAAGGUGUGCACUGAAAGUCCCUUGGUAUGCAAGAAAACUCCAUCCCCUAAAAGAGCAAAUCUAUCCAACGACCACAAGCGUUGGGAAAGCUACGAUGAUGACGAUGAAGCGGGUGUCCUAUUAGCUUCCCAAGAUAGUGAUAGGGAUGAUUAUGAAGGCUCCUCUGGAAGCUCAGGGUCGUCGAUAGCUUCCACCCCUCAGCGAACCAUCCUGCUCCGUGGCCUCCCCGAUCGUGUUACUCACAGAGAUAUUGUUGAACCCAUAAAGGGCGGCGCUCUUCUCCAUGUUCACCUUCGAACGCGGGAGCGCAUGGCCAGCAUUUCGUUCGUCGAGGAGGCAAACGCACAGGAAUUCUUUCAGCAUGCAAAAAUUCACGGGGUUUGCAUUGCUGGAAAGCGUGUGGAGAUAUCUUGGAAUGAUCGCCAGUUUUACCUCCCCCCUUUUGUCAGGGCUAAGAUCAACAACGGAGCUUCACGUAACCUUGUCCUAUACAAUGUGCACCCCAACGUCACGGAAUGGCUUAUCCGGAACGACCUCGACCACAUCCAUAACCUCAUCGUCAUCACAGUCAAAUUUAAGAACGGAAACGCUUACAUUUCCACCAAUUCCGUACAUAACGCACUGUUUGCACGCUCUUGCAUGAUGUCUCGACUCACAUAUAAAGGGAUGAGGAUUGCAUUUUAUCCGGAUGAGUGCGCUGAGUCUCUGCCCAAGCUUACCAAUGGGUUGAAGAAAGAGUCACAGCUGCCUUCCAAGAUAUCUAUUUCAGCCCUCAAUCGGUUCCAGCUCCUUUCUCUUGACGGGGCCGAGGAAGAUGAACCUGAUCAUGAUUACGAUCAAGCCGGAUUGGACGGCUACCGCCAGAACACUGCACUGAAGGUGCAACAUUAA